AUGGACGACACGGACGGCAUGCCCAAGGCCCCCGACACGGACGGCACGGACAGCAUGCUCGGUGUCCUCCCCAAGCUCGGCUCAUUCAGCACGCCCGUGGUCCCCGACCAGCCCUGCGCGAGCAGCACGCUCGCGUACCCAGACCAUCACGGCACGGAUGGCAGACCCGCGGCCCCCGAUCCGCUCGACACGGACCCCAUGCCCGCGGACCCAAAGCACCCCCAAUACGGACGGCACGUCCACGGCUUUGAUCAAGCCCGGAAUGGACUGCAUGCUCGCGGACCAGUCCGGCCCGGAGCGGAUCUCAUGCACGCGGCCACCGAUCAGCCCGACUCGGGCUAUAUGCCGAUCCUCUACUACAUCGACUUGGACAGUACGCUUGCAGUCCCCGCCAAGCCCGAUACGGAGUGCACGUUCGUGGCGAUCGACAACUUCGACAACUUUGACACUGACGGCACGCCCGCGCCCCUCUAG